AUGCGCGAAUUCAUUUGUCCUUCCUUUCUUGUUGUCGUUGGAGAGCCGGGUUUUUCUCUCGUGUGUUGCAGCUUAUUUGAGUUGAUCUUGGAAUUUGAAAUUGAAAUCCCUCGUCUUUUUCCUCGUUACGCUUUUGAUGAGCCGGAGGACAUUAACAAACGACUCGAACCUGGAAUUUGCUCAAAAACCGAGGUGGUCGAUAGCAACUGCGUCGUCCGAGCCCGGGGCUUGCCAUGGCAAUCUGGCGGUGUGGCGCUGUGCUUGAGUCUGCAAGGACGACGAAAUGGAGAAGCUCUGUGCCGGUUUGUCUCGCAAGAGCACCGGGACAUGGCUUUGAAGCGCCACAAGCAUCACAUGGGAUCUCGUUACAUUGAAGUUUACCGAGCGUCUGGAGAAGACUUCGUCAACGUUGCUGGUGGUGAGUCUUUUUUUUUUUUUUUUUGGGUUGCUGCCCGGGGUGAACACCCUUUGCACCAGCGCGGAUUCCCUGUACAGUAUGUACCCGAACCCGGGGUGUCGCGCGCGAGGAACAACAAUGAGGCGCAGGCGUUCUUGUCCCGCAACGGACAGGUGAUCGUACGGAUGCGGGGGUUGCCUUACGAUUGCACCGCUCGUCAAGUGCUGUCGCCGACGGAUCCGAAUGCGUGCCACGUGAUGGACGGCGAGGCCGGCGUGUUGUUCGUGAAGAAGACGGAUGGGCGCGCGACGGGCGACGCGUUUGUCAUGUUCACGUCGGAGGAGGACGGCGCCAAGGCAUUGGCCAAGCACAGGCAGUGCAUCGGGUCCAGAUACAUCGAGCUCUUCCGCUCCACCACGGCCGAGGUUCAGCAGGUUGCCGCCGCUGUGGCCGCGGCGGCUGCGGCGUCGCAGCCCGCCCUGGCCGUGCCGCCGGUUUCGCCCAUCCCAAUGCUUCCGCAGCAGUUCAUUACUUCCGGAGUCCGCAAGGACUGCAUUCGUCUUCGCGGGCUUCCUUACGAGGCGGAAGUCGAGCAUAUCCUGGAGUUCCUCGGCGAUCACGCGAAACGGAUUGCGUAUCGCGGCGUUCAUAUGAUCUACAAUGCCCAACAACAGCCCAGCGGAGAGGCCUUCAUCCAGAUGGACUCGGAGCAGAGCGCGUGUCAAGCUGCCACGCAGAAGCACCACAAGAACAUGAUCUUCGGCAAGAAGCAGCGCUACAUCGAGGUGUUCCAGUGCUCUGGACAGGACAUGCAACUCGUGUUGGCGGGAGGGGUCCCGCCGUCUCCCGGCGCCGGUCCAGCCGCCGCUUCGGGCCCUACGACGCUGCUGUCGCCCGGUAUGUUGCCCAACUCGAGAACCGAAGUCGCGUCUAGCCCUUCGGCGGCGUCGGUCGCCAACGGCCUCCGCGGUGGGCCUAACCCGGCGUCCGGGGCGCCGUCUGCAGCGGCUGCUGCUGCUGCUGCCGCCGCAGCCGCUGCGGCCGCGCAGGAAACGUUUGCCAACGCGCUCGCGACAGCCAUGUUGAUGCGAUCCCAGCAACCGCCGCCCCCGCCGGGCUUGAUGGGUUUUGGAGGGGGUCUCAUGACGCCGGUGUCGUCGAGUGGGGCGUCGUCGUCGCAGCAGUCGGCGGCAGCAGUUGCCGCUGCCGUGAGCUCGGCAGUGUCGACGUCUGUGUCGGGCGCGUACGGACAGCUGCCGCCGCCGAUCCGCGGAGGGUCUAUGCCGCUUGCCGGCGGGGUCACGAUGUCCUCGUUUAGCCAGCAACAACAGCAGCAGCACCAGGCCGCCAUGGUGGCGUCGCUCGCGGGCCCGCACGGCAUGUUGUUGCGGCAGCAGAUGCUGCAGCAGCAACAGCAGAGCGCCGGGCUGGGUGGCAAGCGGUCUUUCGAGCAGGCCUUCACGAUGGCGGACAUGGGAACGCUCGCUAAGCGCCACCAAGCCUGGGCGCCGGCGGGCCACCCGGCCGCGUCUCCGUGGCAGCAGGCGUCCGCGUCGCCGCACGCUGCUGCCAUGCUGGCCCAGGCCCAGUUGGCGGCCAACAUGGGGCUCUCGCUUGGCAUGCCUGGCGGUCUGCUGGCCUACCCGCCGACACACACUGCCACGGGCUUCCUGUAGGGUGUGUAGGGCGACAAACCCAGGCGUAGCCAUUCACCCAUCCACUCACUCACUCGUUCAUUCAUUCAAUCAUUCAUUCAUUCCUUGCCCGGGAAUAGAUGUCGCGUUUUGAAUCCCUCAUUUCCCGCUUCCGGCAAGCGGCGCUGCUCGUUCCGGAAUCUCUCUCUCUCUCUCUCUUGCUUCUCAUCUCUUCCCCCUCGAGUGUUCCGUCCGUGAUGGAGAGUUGUAGUUGCGCUCUCUUUAUCUCGUCCCA